AUGGCUAUUCAACAAGAAGUAUUGAGUGCUGAGGUUAUGAAUUUUGUGAUCCCGAUUUAUUUUGUUGAGCACUUGGCUUUAGCUGCAGUCUUCUUUGCUUUGAGAUCUGUUCACAUUUUCGAUUCAGAUGGUGGUGACAUUGGUGGAGAUGGUGGAUGUGAAGGUGGAGAUGGAGGAAGGAUGAUAGUAGUGGAGAGAAAUAAUGGAGGUGGAGAUGAAGGUGGUGGUUAUGGAAGGGGCGGGCGGUAUAGAGUUGAUGGUGGUUAUGGAGGAGGCGACGACAGAGGUGGUGGCAGUGGCGGAUAUGGAGGCGGGGUUGGUGAAGAUGAAGGUGGGGUUGUUUAA